AUGAACGGUCCUCCAACUUUCACCCAGUAUAGGAUAAACAAGUUUUCUGGGAAUGGAGCUACUCACAAGAUUAGAGAAUUGCUGAAUUUCAACGACGAGAAAAAAUGGAAACAGUUUUCAAGCAGAAGACUGGAGCUGAUAGAUAAAUUUCAACUAAGCCAAUAUAAGGCAAGCGAACAAGAUCAAAACAUAAAGCAGAUUGCUACAAUAUUGAGAACCGAGUUCGGAUACCCUGUAAGUUGCUCCAAAGAGUUCGAGAAGUUGGUUACCGCUGCUGUGCAAUCCGUGAGAAGAAACAGAAAACGGUCAAAAAAACGCUACGCUCUAAGCAUAGCCAACGGUACCAACAGCAUCUCGUCAAAUUCCACUUCUGAUGACGAGAUCUCUCCGUCCAUUUACCAACAUUCCCAUUCGGAAUUCCUACCUUCUUCCAAUCAUACCACAGAUUUUCAAUUUUCGAACAAAUUUCAACCUCUUAUGAGUUUUCAGAACAACAACGAAACAAUUCUGCCAAACGUGAACGACCAAAAUGAUCCGUCCCCAUCGCUUACCUCGACCCAGCAAAAAUAUAACGAUAUAGUCACCAUGCUGGUCCACGACCUCGUUACAAACGUUGUACCCCUGUCGGAACAGGCUCUCAAGGACCCAUAUACCGGCCCAAACUUGUCUCAUUUUGCCACAUCUUCACUCGGCCACCAACCCAACAUUGCCACCAACAUGCCGAUAGAUUCCACAGUGCCCUUUUUCCUGAGGGAAAAAUUGCUGCUACAAAUCCAAAGAUCAAGAACUUGUCAAGACAUUUCGCAGGCUGCAGGUUCCAUCGACCUGUACGCGAAUCUGGAGAUCCUCGGUGAAAUGUCCAUCCGAAUGUCCAUCGCAUUUGUCAUUGAAAGAUUUUUCUCCAACUUGGUCUCUUCGUCGAUGAAGUAUAUUACUUCCAAGACCUGCUCCCCUGAAAAUUUGGCCCUACUGUCUCAAAGAUUGUUCGGCUCUGCUACAAGACAUAACUUAUCUCAUUUCCCUGCAGCCCAGGUACAAUUGCGACUACUGUACCUGGUCAUAGGUGGUAUUGUUAAGGAUUUCGGAUUCGACCCGACUCUUUAUCCCUUGAGCGAAAUCAUUCAUCAUAUCGUCAUGGUUCAAUAUCCUUUGGCCAGCUCCUGUGCGUCAGCUUCGGCAUCCACACCUCACAAGAGAGUGAAGAGGAGCCAUCCUGCCGUGCCAAGUGACGUGAUGACGAAUAAUAACACUCUAUCGAAUAGAGCCACGUUAUUAACCACACUACCGAUGAAGCCUCAAUCUGCAAAUAAAGAUGUUAAUCGCAGAGUGAUAAUUAGAUUCAAUGAUCAUGAACAAGCGUUCACUUUCCAUCAGUUGAGCAAUGGCCCACCGACGGUUUCUGAGAUUCUGGAAAAUUGUAAGAAUUUAUUCAAUAUUAUCAACAAGGACAAAAAUUUUGGCAUCCUUCAUAACGAUAACCUAUUAAACGAUGAAACUUUGGCAAGAAUAUUUGAUUCUUUUUCCACAAGUGAAAUUCAUCUUGUUAUCAAAGACAUUUCUGCUCUUCCAAAACAAGACGCUAAAAUACCAGUGCCCAUCACACUACCCAAAAUGUCAUGCCUGGGAGAAAACCCUCCCAUACCUUCCAUACCACUAGUGUCGCCCGAAAAUGACGAUUCCAAAAAAUCAAGCUUAACCGCCUUUGAUAACAUCAUUAAUAGAAUAUCCAAAUCGCCAAUGAAUGAAGAUAACACUAAUACUACUCUGAAUACCAGCACUAACGCCAGCACCAUCAACACAAACAAUAAUGACCAAAAUGAUUCUGUACCCGCACCAUACGUUACAAAGAAUAAAAAUUCCUUUCAAAAUGGGAACUUACCCCAGCCGGUUUUCCAGCCUUUACUGUAA